AUGGAGACAGCUGCGGUGGAGAGAACACCCCUGGUUACCGUUGCAGCUUGCAACCUGGAUCAAUGGGCUCUAGAUUUCGAUGGCAACCUCGAAAGAGUGCUUCGCUCGAUCCAAGAAGCGAAGGCGAUGGGCGCGAGGUACCGGCUCGGGCCAGAGCUGGAGCUAUGCGGGUAUGGGUGCGAAGACCACUUUUUGGAGCACGACACUUUCCUUCACUGCGACCAGAGCCUGGCUGCUCUUCUGUCGUGCGACGCGACAGAUGGCAUCCUCUGCGACAUCGGGAUGCCGGUCCAACACCUAGGCGUACGGUACAACUGCCGCGUGUUCUGCCUCAACCGCAAGAUUCUUGCGAUUCGUCCCAAGCUUCACCUCGCGGAUGACGGAAAUUACCGCGAGACCCGCUGGUUUACGACCUGGAAACGGAGGAACGAGACGGAAGACCACACCCUGUGCCGCGGCCUCGCGGAGGUGACCGGGCAGGACAAGGUACCCUUCGGUCAGACCGCGGUGUCGGCCCUGGACGCUCUCGUCGCGGGCGAGACUUGCGAAGAGCUAUGGACACCAGACAGCCCUCACAUAGGUCAGGCAUUGGCCGGUGUAGAUAUUAUAGGAAACGGGUCGGGCUCGCACCACCAGCUCCGCAAACUAGACACUCGGCUGAACUACAUGAUUUCGGCGACUGCAAAGUGUGGAGGUGUGUACGUCUACUCUAACCAGCGUGGCUGUGACGGGGGUAGGUUGUACUACGACGGGUGCGCUCUCAUCGUGGUCAACGGCGACGUGGUCGCCCAGGCGGCUCAGUUUUCCCUCGCCGACGUGGAGGUUAUCACGGCGACUGUCAACCUCGAGGACGUAAGGUCUUACCGGGCUUCGGUGAGUUCUCGAAUGGAGCAGGCGUCGGGUGCACGGCGACUACCCACUGUGGAGGCGCCCUCGUUCUGUCUCGGUACCCCCGGUGCCAACUACGUGACCCACCCUCCCACACUGCCCCAAGCGUUGAAGAUUCAUAGCCCGCAGGAGGAGUGUGCCCUUGGGCCCGCCUGCUGGCUGUGGGACUACCUGCGAAGGUCCGGCAGCGCAGGCUUCUUCCUCCCUCUCUCCGGCGGGGCUGAUUCGUCCAGCGUCGCGGCGAUCGUCGGGGUUAUGUGCGGGCUGGCAGUCGAAACGGCAGCAGCAGAGAACGCGGAGCUUAGCGGUAUAGACGACGAUGCCGAGAGGAAAUCAAAGGAGGGCGCAGCCGGAGUGGGCUCUGUGUCCAAGGAAGUGCGGCGCCUGAUGGGGCUUAAGGAAGGAGAGAAGGUGCCGAGCAGCCCCCGCGACCUUGCCAACUGUGUGCUGCACACGUGCUUCAUGGGCACGGAGAACAGCUCCAACGCUACGCGGGCGCGCGCGUCGACUCUGGCGGACCAGAUAGGCGCAUACCAUAGCAACAUCGUCAUCGACACCGCGGUGGCUGCCCUUGUGGGAGUCUUCCGCACGUUGACGGGGAAGACACCGCGGUUCUUGUCGAGGGGAGGGACGUCCGCCGAAGACCUGGCGCUGCAGAACAUUCAAGCUCGUCUACGCAUGGUGAUGGCCUACCUUCUAGCGCAGCUUCUGCCUUGGGUUCGUGGACGGCAAGGGUUUUUGCUCGUGCUCGGUAGCGCUAACGUUGACGAAGCGCUGAGGGGCUACAUGACGAAGUACGACUGCAGCAGCGCGGACCUGAACCCCAUCGGCGGCAUCUCGAAGGUGGACCUGAAGAAGCUGUUGGAAUGGGCGGCGCGGGAGCGAGGUUACACCGCGUUGGCCGACAUUGCGGCUGCGCCGCCAACGGCCGAGCUGCGGCCGCUGGCGGAGGGGGCGGGCGAGGCGGACGAACACAGCCAAGUGGACGAGGAGGACAUGGGGAUGACGUACGAGGAGCUGUCGCACUUCGGCCGCUUGAGGAAGGUGGCUCGCUGCGGCCCGGUAUCCAUGUUUCAGAACCUGCUGUCGGCGUGGAGGCAUCUCUCUCCCCAGGAGAUCGCCUCGAAAGUGAAGCGUUUCUUCUUUUUUUACUCCGUGAAUCGGCACAAGAUGACCACGCUGACGCCUUCGUACCACGCCGAGGAGUACUCUCCAGACGACAACCGUUUCGACCUGCGACCGUUCUUGUACCCGACGCGUUGGCCGCGCCAGUUCGCUGUUAUCGAUUCCAUGUUGAAGGGGCUGCCAUCUGGCCGAGUAGAUGGCAAGGAGGCGUAG